AACACUGCCAAAACUAGCUAUUUCGAUUUUCCCAUCGAAAACGUCAGGCACCAUUCAACAUGGGCUUGAAAUACGCGAUCAAAAGCUAGUUAUAGCUGAAAUAUUGCUCUAAUUGUAGUGUUAUUGUUCUUUUAGUUUCAUUUUAUAUGUACAUUGUGUAACUCAUAAAAUAAUCGAAAAUGGAUACGUAUAUCAGAUACUUCUACUAUGGCGUUUGUUGAUCACUAAAUAAUUUCGUUCGGAUUAUAGUUUUCUUUCAAUUUGAUGUCUGCUUUUCGUUUGUAAUCGUAUCUUUUGUUCGUGUUUACGUGUUACGUGAAAAUGGUGAAGGAGAAGCCUAAUUCUAUACGGAUUUACGACGAGGAGGGAUUCAGGCGUCGCGCGGCUUGCAUCUGCGUGCGAUCGGACGCCGAAACUGAGGUGUUGCUCGUAACAUCUUCGCGGCGGCCCGACAACUGGAUAGUGCCCGGCGGCGGCGUGGAGCCCGAGGAGGAGCCGUCGGUCACCGCCAUGAGGGAGGUGCUGGAGGAGGCCGGCGUCAUCGGCAAGCUGGGCCGCUGCCUCGGAGUGUUUGAGAACCGCGAGCACAAGCACCGCACGGAGGUGUACGUGAUGACGGUGACGCAGGAGCUGGCGGAGUGGGAGGACUCGCGGCUGAUGGGCCGCAAGCGCCAGUGGUUCAGCAUCGACGACGCGCUGGCGCAGCUCGCGCUGCACAAGCCCAUCCAGCGCCACUACCUGCAACAGCUGCGCCGCUCCAAGAAGACCCCCGACGACCCCGGCAGCUAAGCGUACCGCACCACCCGCGCGACGAUCGCGCAUUGCUUUUGACACGUCUGUCAAGUCACUGUCAAAUUGAGUUCGUUUUUUAUUUGCCUAGAGAGUUGAUGGACAGGGCGGCACUGUUUUAAGUGCAUUUGCCGCUUUUCUUUUAUAUGACAAAUAUGCCCAUUCCUCUCCAACUAGUCAGAAAAGACUGUUCAGUGUGGGUACAAUACCCCCGAAGACCUCUUGGUAACAAGUCCAUUACAUUGAGCAUAUAUAGAGACUUGGUAGGACAUGUUCCAUUGUGUAUUUUUUUUUAAAGCAUGAUAUUUUAUUUGGUAUUAUCAAUAUUCCACCAAUGUUCCAGUAGAAAUCAGGUUUAGAAUAUAGAACACACACUUAAUAUUUUUCCUUGCAGUACACUGAACUGAGAUUUUUCCAACCUAAAACAACCCAAAAUAUCUCUUUAAUUGUAACUAACAAAUAUUUGGAUAAUAAAGGCAAGGCUGCAAUAUUCUGUAAGGACCCUUAUGUUAAUUUGACUGCAUAUAUAUGUUUCAAAUUCGCCCCAGCUAUCUUUUUGUAUACAACACAACUUUUAUUUGUUAAUUAUUCAUGUUCAAACACAUCUCAAUUUUUAAACAAUGACAUGUCAGAUUUGUCAAAAAGCAAUGAACAAUUUGAAGCGGACAAUAGGCUAAGAUAAGAAUAAACGCACUGCGUCUCGUAGGCUUUAGAUCUGUGCAGUGCCGUCUGCGGCUCGCUCCUAACGUUAGUUGGAUGUAUUCAUUUAUAACCUUGAAAGCGCAACCUUUUUUACUCAUAAGUAAAACCAUCUUGAUGUACAAUCUUGCAGGGGGGUAGUUCAUAAAAUAGUAGACGUCCACUAAGAACGGAUUUUGCGACAGGGCCGGAUUAAAGAAGUCUAAGGACAAAGUCGCGGUGUCCGCUAGUAAUAUUAUAAAUGCAAAUGUGAGUUGUGAGUUUCACAGCUCAACCAAUGAAUCUGCACUAUAAAUUCUUUCACCUAUGGAAAGCUGCAUUAUCAGGGAGUACAUAUCGAGUACAUUCCCAUGGGUACAGGAGUAACUUGCGUGUAUGCAUCUGCUAGUAUCAGAUAAAUCUUAUAAAAUUUACCUAAAAUUAAAUAUAAUAUAAUAAUUAUCAUUUGUUAUCAUGUAUAUGAUUUGGUUUUAAAGACAUUCCUGAUUUUUAGUAGCUUUUUUGUUAUUUUAUAACUGUAUCAAACAAUGAAUGUGCAUUUAAUGGCUAGGAUAUGUCUUAUCCCUCGCUUAUUACUACCAAUAAAGAUUUAUUUGAACAAUAAAUGAACAAUGUAUUUACAUAUAAUAAUGUUUAUACUAACCAUAUUUAUCACUCGCAGACGGCGCGCGGUUUCACCCGCGUGGUUUCCGUUCCCAUAGGAAUACGGGGAUAAAAUAUAGCCUAUACUGGUAGUACUCUGGGAUGGUGUAGCUUCCCAACAGUGAAAGAAUUUUUAAAAUCGGUUUAUUAGUUUCAGAGCCUAUUCAAUGCAAUGCAAUCAAUUAAAUAUUUCCUUUUUAUAAUAUACUUAAGAAUAGAUAAACAAUAAUAGUAAAGUGUGAAUAAGUUAAGCCUUUAAAUAGAAAUAUUUUACUGGAGAUUUUAAAUUUGAAAAAAAAAUCCUCUUUUACAGUUCUCUUCAUAUUUUAAAUUCAUAAUUCUUUCAUUAUACUUUAUCUCAUAUUUGAUUGCGCUUUUGAGGUUAUAAAUUGUUGGUAAGUUCAUCAUUAACUAUUAAUCCAGGUCUUUUAUCAAUUAGGUAAUUAUUUUAUCUUAAUUUUAAACAUGAUAUUGGUAUGUUAAAUUAUUAUUAUUAUCAUCAACAUAUUCAUUUGAUAUAACAUAGCAUAUUACCAUUUUAGCAAUACUUUGUAAAGUACAGCAUACUUCUGUUACAAUUGAUCAGUUAUUGUAAAAAAUCGUAAUUGUUGAUCUGGAUCAUUUGCUAACUAGAGCUCAGUUGAUAUGCGUUGCUACUUGAGUGUGUGAUGAAAAAUAAUAAUAAAUGUUGUUGUAUUACUUUGAUGGAAAGAAAUUGUCAGGUGAGCUCUAUAGUGUCUUAGCUCAUAUCUAUAACAGAAUAAAAAGUACGAGGAUUUUGUAACUUUAUGGUCAUAUCUGGUUAUGUUAAUCAAUAACCAAACUAUUAAUAGAUUGGUUAUUGGCAAUGACUAUAUCUCGGGGAGGGGACCUCUUUCUCUUAUGAGUCGAUAACUAGGUAAAUUAAAAUUAAUAUUGACAGUGUAAUUGCUAAAUUAGUUGCAUUUAAAUGUAAACCAAAUUGAUGUUCUGAAAUAUUUGCGUUGUUGCAACAACAGCGUUUCUAUAAUUCAUAUGAUUGAGAUGAUGAUGAUGAUGAGUUUAGAAUAUACAUAUUUAAACAGCAUAAUUAGCAACUAACCAGGCUCAAAAUGACAAGAAUCCACAGCCAUAAACCAGUUAUAUUUAAAAAAAAACAUCUAGCUGGAACCAUGAAGAAAAACAGCUGAUAUUGAUUACUUUGUAUGUGGUGGAUGCUAACUUAUGUGUUGUUACGUAUCUUACGAAUUGGGAGUAAUUUAAUGUGUGAAUGUAUAUUUUAAUGUGUUCUUUACUACCAAUUUAUUUAUAGCUUGGAAACUAUUAUGUAUGUCAGCCAUAUUGCUUUUUAAAUAUUAGACCCAACAUCAUCUACACUCUCGGCGUAAUCUUGAAUGUACCUGGUACAUAAAAACAUUCAGUUGUUGUCGAUCAUUUUUAAAUACCGCGAUAAAGGAUGUGGAUUUUCAUGGAAGUCAAGACGCAAACUGAAAUCGCAGGCGAGAGUGUACAGCGUGCAUGGUUUCAUUUUAAUUUUAACAAGUUGUCAAAGGUUGAGCGAUUUUACCGGCAUUUGUUAAGCGUGAGCGUUGGUCAAAAGGAUGCGAAGAACAAAAGCAAAGAUAUGACGAUAUGAACCAUAACUCUAUAGAGUUAGAUCAUGUAGAAAAUACAGAAUUUGAGUUAACUAACCAUAGACUUAAACUUCAGUUCAGGAGACGACUAUUGCAAGAAAAAGUACUUCUCAAAAAAAGGACUUUAAAACCUCCACUAGAUUUAUUAAUUUAAAAACAAUGAACUCUGGUCGUAGUAUUAGUUUUUUUUUACUAAAUAUUGAGCUCUAAAUGCGCAUAUAGACUUUAAACAUUUACUUUUUUACAUUCUGUUACAUAGUUUGGGACUGACAAAUAACAGAAUGGGUUUCAUAUACAAGGCAUAGACAAUUUCAAAUUUAAGGCUUACACUCUAAAAUUAGCUUAGAAACUUAAAUAGUUUUACCAUGUUAUUGUAAACAAGCGUUGAUCUCUUUCUCUUAUAAGUUGAUAACUGUUUACUUAGUUUUAGUUAUCAACUCAUAAGAGAAAGAGAGAGUGUAUCAGAGAAAGAUAAACAUAAAUCAAGAUUAUUUAAGACCAUAUUAUAAUCUGUAGCAGCUGUCAAAAGUAGACCCAUUACCAUAUUGGCUGUCUGUGAAUGACUCGAAGCUUUUGUAUUUUUUUAACUAAAUCAUUAAUGGAUUCAAGCGUUUUCAACAUUUGUUAAGAAUGUUUGAAAAUCGAAAAAUUACAAAAAAAAAAUUAUAUAUAUAUAUAUAAUUUUUAAGUAGAACAAAAUGUAGUUAGCUUGCUGAAAUAGUUUUAUUUUCUGACAAUGUGCUAUAGUUGAUAGUAUUCUUUAAAAUUAUUAAGUGUAGUUAUUGAUAUGCUUAAGUUUUAAUGUUGCUGUGAACAUGAGGGCGAUAUGUCUUUGGAAUAGAUUGAAAGGUGAAGAACGAAGAUCACACUAUUUGUUUUAUUAAAAUGAGUUUUGUAACCCAAACAGAUGUUAUAUGGUUUGAUAGCCUAAAUCAGCGCAUCAAUUAGUAUAUACAUUUCCUGGCCAUUCGGUAAUUUUUAACAGACAAUUGUGUAUAUUUUUCAUAAAAAGGAACAUUUUUAUUCCAAAAUCAUAUCGCCUAAGAAUAAAAUGAGACGAAUGACGAAUUUUACAUGUCAGUAAAUUAUACGUGACAAAGGAAUGCAAACGCGAAUAGGGUCACCUUACCUUACGAACAGUCUUUUUGAAUUCAUAACUCAGGAUUGUCAACUGUUACAUAGGCCAGCUGGCACCAAAUAUAAAAAUACCUGGUAUGGGGGCGAAUAUGCUAAUAGAAGAAAUUAGUUCCUUUGUUUCAACAUAGGCUAUUUUCAUAUUCAGGCCGUAGAAUAAAAAGGAGUAUUUUUUUUUUAUAUUUUGUCGCAAUCUAAUAGUGUUAUUUAAAAACAUUUAUGUCUCUCAGGGUUAAAAUGUUUUUACCCUGGGAGACAUUUUAAUUCUGCUAAAGUAUGCGCACGAUAAGUUUGCGCGUGUCCAAAAUCGGAAUUAAUCAUAAGUGACUAAAUCUUGUCGCCUAUCUCUAUCUAUCUCUUGGCGGGUAAAAUAGAUCACUAACGCUGGCAAUAUAAUUGCGCCCCCAGUCGCGCCCAGACUUAUCUAGCGCGUACUCUACAUAGUGUGUCGGUGUCGUCAUUAUUGAUUUUCUAGAAGAGCAUUUUAUUUGUUAAUACCUUCGAGUUACUGAUUGAAUGGCCUUUAAUUGUGACAGUCUUGCUGAAGAAAACUUCUGUACUGUUAUCGACGACAGUCGUUACUUAUAUGGCUGAGUUAUGUAAGUGGUCUAUGUAAUAGUGCGAGUGUAAACAUGUUUUUUUAGAAUUUAGACCAUUGCGAGUGUUAUGCAUAUUAUGAAACACGGCUAAAACGUCUCUCUUCUCACGUCAUACAAUGUCGGAGUAAGCCCGACUAGUUUCGAACCCAUACCGGACCGUUAGUCAUGAGCUGGGAUUCUUAAGUGAGUUUUAGCCGUGUUUCAGAAUAGAUUAAAAUCAACAUGUUUUGUUUAAAUAUUUCUAAAUCUACGCUUAGACAGUAUGUAUGUUAUUUACAAGACUCACUUUGGUUGUUUGCAUUGCUUUUGCACGUAUAUGUACUUGUAAAUACGUUUAGGACGUGACGAGCGGAAGUCACCAUAGAGUAAGACGGUACUGCAAAAUGUCUAUGGCUUCGUUGUCUGCACUCUGGCUUAGCAAUGGCGGACAACUUUACUGUAAUCGCUAGAUACACGUAACUCUUGUAACAUCCCUAUUUUCUCCCGUUUUAUGUCUAUUUUUACUUAUAUUUUUAUACAUUCUGCGAUGAUGGAAUAAGUAAAUGUUUAUUUUAUUUUGUUAGCAUUAAAACGAAAAGACAUACAAUCUCUAUUUAUUAUUUUACUUACUAAAUUUAUUUGGUCGGUUUUUUUAUUAAGAUUCCUGAAUGAGUUUUAAAGAAUAAAUUUUAUAUUGCUCUUCUGUAAGG